AUGCACGGAACUCGGCCUAAAUCGUCUAAAGGGCGCAGCAGACCCAAGCUGUAUUACACCCAAAGUGUAGAUGAUUCAGUCUGCCGCCAUCCUUCAGCUGUCAGCCAGACGCCGUCAGAGUACACACACGACCGUUUCCAUCGCUCCAACUCACACCUCAAGCAAACCAGUACGACACAUCCCGGAACAGCGCCUGAAAUAUUCAGGAAUUCCCACACGCGGUCAGCCAACUGUCUCAGCAAAUACAAAGUGCUUCCCCCGAUCGAGCCUGCAAAAGAUAGCUCCAGUAAAGUGCUGAUGACGAAAGAGAGUCUAACGAUCGAUGAGGACGUGAUGUCCUUGCUGCUCGCUAUUAGGGCUCCUUGUGGAAGGAGGUUCAACGGUCAUUUCUACCCAUCAGACACACUCCAGGCAAUCAUAACAGCCGCUGAGGCUAAAUAUGGGACCAGUUAUGAGCGUUGCCUGAUUGAAACUAUGGAUGUCCCCCGUAGAACUUUCCGAAAUCUAACCAUGACUUUCGCCCAGUGUGGUAUCUUAAACAAGUCAGUGUUAUGCAUCACUGAAGACACUGCACUGGACUCAACGUGA